GUAAAAAAAAUUACUUUGUUUACCAUAGGCCGGCAGCAAUUUAUAAACAAUGGCAGACGCGUGGGACAUAAAGUCGCUUAAGACAAAGCGGAACACGCUUCGCGAGAAGUUAGAAAAGCGUAAGAAGGAGCGCAUCGAGAUCCUCUCGGACAUUCAGGAGGAUCUGACGAAUCCGAAAAAGGAACUUGUUGAGGCUGACCUGGAGGUACAGAAGGAGGUGCUGCAGACGCUCAGUUCCUGCUCUCUGGCCCUGCCCAUCGUAUCCACGCAGGUGGUGGAAAAGAUAGCCGGCAGCAGCCUGGAGAUGGUGAACUUUAUACUUGGAAAACUGGCCAACCAGGGUGCCAUUGUGAUUCGAAACGUGACCAUCGGCACAGAGGCUGGCUGCGAAAUCAUUUCUGUGCAGCCCAAGGAGCUAAAGGAGAUCCUGGAGGACACCAACGAUACGUGUCAGCAAAAGGAGGAGGAGGCCAAGAGGAAGUUGGAAGUCGAGGACGGUGAUCAGCCGCAGGAGAAGACAAUAAAACUGGAAACUAAUGCAGUACGGAAAGAGUCCACAAGUCUGGAUGCUCCGGACGACAUUAUGAUGCUGCUGUCCAUGCCAUCCACCCGCGAAAAGCAGAGUAAGCAAGUGGGCGAGGAGAUCCUUGAGCUGCUUACCAAGCCGACGGCCAAAGAGCGAUCCGUGGCUGAGAAGUUUAAGUCCCACGGGGGAGCGCAGGUCAUGGAGUUUUGCUCCCACGGCACAAAAGUCGAGUGCCUAAAGGCCCAACAAGCCACAGCCGAGAUGGCGGCCAAGAAGAAACAAGAACGAAGAGACGAGAAGGAGCUUCACACGGAUGUUGAUGCGGGCGACAGCGUUACCGGGAAGGUACCCAAGACAGAAACUGCAGCGGAGGAUGGAGAAAUCAUCGCGGAAGCUAUAAACAAUUGCGAGGCCGAGUCGCAGGAAUCCACCGAUGGCAGUGAUACCUCCGGCAGUGAGACAACAGACAAGUGCACCAAACUGCAUUUCAAAAAGAUCAUUCAGGCUCACACAGACGAAUCUCUGGGGGACUGCAGCUUCCUUAACACCUGCUUUCACAUGGCCACCUGCAAGUACGUGCACUAUGAGGUGGACACCCUGCCGCAUAUAAACACAAACAAGCCGACGGAUGUGAAAACCAAAUUGAGCCUCAAGCGCAGCGUAGACUCCAGUUGCACGCUCUAUCCGCCGCAAUGGAUUCAAUGUGAUCUGCGCUUCUUGGACAUGACGGUGCUGGGAAAAUUUGCUGUGGUGAUGGCCGAUCCUCCCUGGGAUAUUCACAUGGAACUGCCCUACGGCACAAUGUCGGACGAUGAAAUGAGAGCUCUGGGCGUGCCGGCCCUUCAGGAUGACGGCUUGAUCUUUCUAUGGGUCACAGGACGAGCCAUGGAACUUGGCCGCGAUUGCCUCAAGUUGUGGGGCUAUGAGCGCGUGGACGAACUCAUCUGGGUAAAGACCAACCAAUUGCAGCGGAUUAUUCGCACUGGACGUACGGGUCACUGGCUAAACCACGGCAAAGAGCACUGCUUGGUGGGCAUGAAGGGCAAUCCCACAAACCUGAAUCGAGGACUUGAUUGUGAUGUAAUUGUGGCGGAGGUGCGGGCAACCUCUCACAAGCCGGAUGAGAUUUAUGGCAUUAUCGAGCGUCUUAGCCCGGGAACCCGCAAGAUCGAGCUCUUUGGGCGUCCACACAACAUCCAACCGAACUGGAUAACCCUGGGAAACCAACUGGAUGGCAUACGACUGGUGGAUCCGGAGCUUAUUACGCAGUUCCAGAAGCGAUAUCCAGAUGGCAACUGCAUGUCGCCUGCUUCUGCCAAUGCAGCGUCGAUCAAUGGAAUACAAAAGUAGGAUUAAAAUAGUAUUUGCUGUACGAUUUGAGACCUCGACAAGCCAGAGUCGUGUACAGACUCAAUUAUAGUAAGAUAAAUUAUUAUUAAAGCUUUUACAAACCGAAUGAUUUAUGUGGAACAUUUUAUAAUGAUUGAGGCG